AUGAUACACUGCUCCAACCCCGCAGAUCACGCGGAGAGCGCCAGUGACCAAGCUGAACCGUUAUGGCGUCGCUCAACAGCGGUGAUAGGGUUGGACGUGCGCGUCAAUCCAACCACCGGGCCCUUCGAGCCCGCUGCGGCGCGAUUCCCCGCGUCUGUCGGCGUCGCUUUGGCGGGCUUGGAGCUCGACGAGAAGCUCGCCGCGCGGCGAUCCCUCACUUUCAGAGACAACCAAGUCGCCUUGCAAAACCGGCCACCGGGCUUCAAUACCCAGUAUCCCAAGGCUUUGUACGACACUAUUCAAUAUGUUCUGGGCCUACUGCCCGACGCAUGGGCUUCCGCGUCCGAGCGCCGAGUGCAGGAGUUUGUCUUUGCCAAGGACACCUGGCUGCCUGAUCGCUCUCUAGGGUACCAGCACAUCCUGGGGCGAUUCACCGCCCUCAAGGCGCUGCAUUUCGACAGCCCUUUGCUCAGGGGCAGCGUCCAGUUCAAGCAGAACAUGGAGGGUUGCAUCGCGUUCGAGCAUCUGCACGCCCUUGCGUUGGCCCUCAAUGCUCCAGGCACCGGCGGUGUUUAUCCUUGCCCGGCACUGGAAGUCAUUCAUCUGCGUGCGCCGGUGGACAGGUUACUGAGCUCGGUGCCGCGAGAGAAUUGGGAUGACAUGCUCAAUUCACCAGAUCGCCUGGCUUUCGGCGCACAGAGAAUUCGGUUGGCCUCAUGCCGUGACUGA